AUGACGGCCAGAAGAAAGAAACAAUCUGAGCCAACCCUAACAUCGUUGCAUCUUCCGUUUGAUCUGGUGGAAGAAAUACUGUGUAGAAUCUCCGUGAAGCACCUCAUUCGACUCUGUUGCGUAUGCAAGUCAUGGAAUUCUCUUAUCUUCCGAGAUUCCAAGUUCGCCAAAAAGCACCUCCGCAAGUCAACCACCAGCCACGACCGCCACCAUCUCAUCCUAACUCCUACUUACCCUUACUUUUCACCUCAGUUCUUUCUUUUACAUUCUCCAAUUUCCUCUAUCCUCAACUCAACAUCAACUUCUAUUGUUAAACAGUUCAGUUACACUAUUAGAGAGAUUCUUAUCGAACGAGCUUAUGGUAAUAGAGCUUCCACUUGUGAUGGCAUAGUAUGUUUUAAGAUUGAUAAUUCUUCGGCUGUGUUGUGUAACCCUUUCAUUCGAAAAUUCAAAAUAUUGCCUCCUUUAAAAUAUCCUUCUGGUGAAAUAUCUUAUACCUUAGUGCAUGACCGUUUCAUUAAUAAUUAUAAGAUUAUUGCGGUUAAUUGCACGCGUAGUAGCAAAAUAGAAGUCAACGUUCAUAUUUUGGGUACAAAUCAUUGGAGAAGGAUUCGGGACUUCCCAGAUCCUAACCUUAUUCUUGUGUCUAGAUUGGGAACGUUUGUGAAUGACUCUCUUAAUUGGUUGGUAUAUGCUGCUGCACCAUUCAUUGUUUCUCUAGAUUUGGAGAAAGAGUCUUAUGAAAAGCUUGCAUUGCCGGUGUCUUAUCAAAAGCUUGCAUUGCCGGUCUUUCCUAAUAUUUCCUCUUUUAUGAUCUUAGGGACAUUGAAGGGUUGUUUGUCCCUCAUCUUUGAUAAGAGGGAGAAGUCUUGUGAUGUUUGGAUUAUGAAAGAAUACGGUAAUGAAAAGUCUUGGACUAAAUUGUUAACUGUUCCUCACAUGAAAGAAUGUGACUUUUAUUGCUAUAUCAGAGCAUUAUAUAUUUCAGAGGAUGAGGAUGAGAAAGUGCUGAUGGAGUGUACGAAAAUGGGAAUAAAUAGUUUGGUUGUUUAUGAUUCUAUAAAUAAUACUUUUAUGAUUCCUGAAUUUCAAAACUACAUCUCCACCAAGAUGACACCAGAAAUAUAUGUUGAGAGUUUGAUAUCACCUUUGUAG